UUUGAAUUAGACAAGAUAGCAGUUUGUACUUUUGUUAUGAAAGACUCAGAUGUAGGUGGUGAAGUUAAUAAAGAGAAAGAUAAAAAUAGGUCUUUUGAUAAUAUAGGUGGUGAGGUUGGUAUAAACAGGUCUAGUAGUAUAUUAGGAGUU